AUGAAUGCAAAACUAGAACCUAACUCCAAUGACAACAAUCUAGGAGACACGGAGGAAGCCAAAUUGCCAAACUUGACUUUGGCACAGUUUUUUCGCGAAAAAGGUGACGAGCCCUUGAGUGAGAUUGAAUAUGAAGGCGUCCUAUCUCUUAUUAAAAGGAGCAAGAGUGCAUCGCUGGUAGAAGAUACUCAGAAUGCCCUUAUGGCGGGGAAUAACUCUUCUGAGCUAUCUUCUGCAGUCUUGAAGCCUUCUUCCGUUCGCGAAGCAUCGUUGAAGGCUCCCUCGUUCAGGCCAAAAUAUGAUGAGUUCGCUUCCACAGCGAACACCUCCCUUCGAAGUGUUGUAUCCGCGGGCUCAAGGAAGAGCCGGGUUUUUGAUUACUCGAGCCUGCCGUCACCAUACAGGUCUUGUUCGUACAGACACAGUACCACUGAUGCUAUACUUGCGCAAAAAAACACUGCUGGCCUCGAAAGCUCGGGAGCAGAUGCCUUUAGUACAUCAUCAGACAAAAUGAGCAACACGGCCUCUGCUCUUAUAUCUUUGUUAGAUUCAAGAGAGGCAAAAUCUGAAGCUUCAGGGCUUGCAAAUCCGUAUUCAACGCGCGUAUCAGAGUUCAAGAGGUACCGGAGAGACCCUGAAAGCGACAGGUUUGUCCCACACACACCCUCAAAGGCCAAUGGUGCGAGUUCGCCUGCCCAUUCCAUAGCCUUGAGUGAGAUUCAAAAUAACGAGAACAAAGAAGCCGAGACUACCGAAAAACCAACCAAUCAGCAGUUCACCAAGUAUCGGCCUGCGAAAGCAUCAUCACUUCGCACCACAGUUUCUGCGAAGAAGUCUCCGGGGGCAGAAUCUUCCAAGCCCCUCGGAUCUGUACCCCAUUUGCAGGAGACUGAUGCCCCUGUUGUACCCAAAUCUUCAUUCGGCUUCUCUUAUCCCGCGCUAGCUAUGUCUUUUGACAAGAGCAGCAGAAAUGCAAAUUCAGCCAAUAGCACCGGAAAAAUGGCUGCUGGGGUGUCUGAAGAAGGAACAGAAACAAAACCUGCUAGUUCCAUGAACACUAAAACUACUCCAAGUUUUAACUUCAGCCAGCAGCUCGGAGCAAGAAAGGCUAACUCUCCAGCGCAGACAUCGCUGGCUGCGUUUGCCAAAGAAAGUGACCAAAGUUCCGCCCGUAAGGCAAAUGAAGGCCAGUCUUCGAGAGAAUUACAGAGUGCGUUUUCUAACAACGAGCCGCUUCAGUUUGACUUCUCCGCUCCACCUGCAUCUGGCAUAGACCCGGCGUCGAUUGACGAGGAGUUGGUUCAAAAGUCAAGAAAUAUAUACGUCUUCUAG